AUGCUCUCGGAAAUCUCGGAAAUCUCGCUAAUAUUACCGCCGUCCGUUGUUCUUCAAGAACCACAAGAGUUCUACAAACGAGCGAAAGCUCAAAGUAGACGCUCAUCCCAAUCACAUUCCGAGAACACUUCUCUAUGGCGGCUAUGCACAAAAGCCAAGGACGCUUUACCCAACGGUGUUCGUCUAGAAAAUCUCACAUGGCGUGUAAUGGCUAUAGAACGGAAAAAAUGGCAAGAAGGAAAACGGCGCGACACCGCGGAAUUUGAUGGUCUCGUAAAGAGAUCCAUCGUAACAAAAACGAACGAUAAUGGGAUUGCUGCUAUAACCGAACUAGAUAGAAAUGAAGCUAGGACGCAAAAACGAAAAGACUCUGCGAAAAGUAUAAAAGUAGAAGAGAAACCUUCGCGCAAUGACAUUUUCUGCGAACGAGAAAGCGAUACGGCGAAUUGUCGUUCAGGAACGAUUUGCAGCGGCGGAUCGAUGGACAAACAGUCUGAUGUCGAAAUGUCCGAUUCCAUUUUACUCGCACAAACUUCCCAAUUAGAAUAUGACGAUGCAAUGUUUGUCGACACUUCUUUUGUUACCUCUCCAUCUGACACGUCAAACGCCGACGAGGUCUCUUCCUACGCAUCCACGUCUCCUGUGUCGUCUCAUGCUACAUCCGCGGCUAUUCCAAUACCAUCCAACAUGAGCCAAACUGCGUACGGAUUUGGACCGUUCAAUGUCAAUGGCUCUGGCAGGAUCGAUGACAUGGUGGACAAUCUGGCUGUCGUUACAGGCGGUCCGGAAACAAACGUGUUUAAUAAUGAAAUGAGACUAUUACAGCAAAGACAACGUAAUAGAAUCAAUAAUGGACGGAAUAAGAAAAUAAUAGAGAGCAUCGAUGUUCCGAUUGGAACGGUCGACAGGGAGGAAAGUGGCCUGAGUUUUCCCAAACGAGUGAGUAGUCAAAACCAGAAACGCUCGGAAAACUUUGCAAACGAUGUCCCCCAAAUGCAAUCAAUUAUAAUUCCAAACGACACGUUGGAUGAUUCCGAUACAGACUUGUCCGAAUCUCUUUCUUCAUCCAUGAACGGCUCUGUUGCAACUCAGUAUACACUAAACUCGCUCAACUAUCCCAACACUCCCUAUGAUAAUUAUUUUUCGUUCGACUUGACAGCGGACGGACUGGUCAGCACUGCUCCUCAUCUCGCUCCACUUACUCCAGCAGACAAUGACUAUUAUGUUAGUUAUCCGUAUGAUGAGGACUACUUUAACAUGAUGAACGAAUUCGAUAGCGGAGACUUGGCUUCCUCAUCGUCACAGUUCUUGCACAUUAAUCCAUCAUUACUGGUACCAUCCUCCCAAUCACAAGAACCUAUAUAUGAAAUGAUGACAGAUAAUCAAUUAGCAUCAUCGCAGGACGAGAAAGGACUUAAAACGCAGCAGUUAAAGUAUGCAGUUUUGGGAGACGAAGAGACCAGGGACCAAGAGGGUGCGGGAGGAAAUGGCACGAGUACUAGUCAAAUGCAUCAGACGUCUCCCAGACAACCAAAUCACCCUAAGCAAACAACCCCGACAACAUGCACAAAUUGUGCAACUCAGAUAACCCCAUUGUGGCGCCGCAAUCCUGAAGGACACCCACUUUGCAAUGCAUGUGGCCUAUUUCUAAAGCUCCACGGCGUCGUCCGACCGCUAACACUCAAAACGGACGUAAUCAAAAAACGCAAUCGUGGAGGCACGAAUGCGAAUUCAAAAUCUUCUAAAUCCGCCAAGAAUGCAGGGCUAGGAAUAGGCGGACCGGGUAUGUCGAUUAUGAACAAACCACAGCGAUCGAGUAUGGGAACACUUAGCACGUCACCGCCGACUACGCAAGCGUUUGUCGGUACUGGUUCAUUCCGCGGACAGAACCAUACAAUUGCAAAAAAAUCGAGGAGAUUUUCUAGUGACGAGUUGACAGACGUACGACCUUUCGGAUUGGGAGGAGAACAAUCUAGCUUCGCAGCGCGAGCCAACGCCCAUAUGAAUUUUGCUCGAUCGAAUGGACAGAAAUCACAGCAAACUCCUGCAUUACGAUAUGCCACAGCUUCGCCCACAUCUUCAAUGUCCGCCGGGCCACAAUCGCAAGCACAUCCCCAUCCCCAUCCCCGAUUCCAACGCUCGAAUACCAUGCCGGCUAUACCAGUUGUACAAUCGAAUCUAAAUUCUUCUAACCCAACAUCAUCACAGUAUGGAAUGACAUCGUUAGUGUUGCGUUAUCCAGAAGAAGAUGUAAUUGUGCCGAGUAACGGACAAAAUGACUUUGUAGUUGGGACGACAAGUGUUAUAGGGUUGCAGAGUAGUGGGUUACCGUGUGGUGGGAUGCAGGGUGGUGGUGCGGCACAACAAGAACGACAAUUUUUAUCCGCUGAUAGUGGACCAAGUAAUACUACCAGAGAUAAUGUUGCUCCUAUGGACGUUUGUUAA